GCAGCAGCAGAAGAAAGGCGAAGCAGCUGCAGCCCGGGCUCCCCAGCAGCGCGCUACAGCCAGGGGAGGCGUAACAAAGGCAGCGGAGCCGCUUUCUGCGGCAACUACUGCGCCUGCAGCCGGGUGGUCGCGGGGGGAGGGCGGGAGCCGCCGCUCUUUGGCCGCUUCCCAUUCCGAGCCGCCGCCUUCCCUCCGCGCCCGGCCGGCAAUCUGAGUGAGGAGGUGCCCGCCAGGCUGCGGAGAGCAGGUUGAACUUCAAGAUGUCCCUUGGGAGAGAUAUGGAGCUGGAGCAUUUUGAUGAGCGUGAUAAAGCGCAGCGAUAUGGUAGAGGGUCCCGGGUGAAUGGUUUACCCAGCCCUACUCACAGUGCCCACUGCAGCUUUUACCGAACCCGUACUCUACAGACCCUGAGUUCUGAGAAGAAAGCCAAGAAAGUUCGUUUCUACCGUAAUGGAGACCGGUAUUUCAAAGGGAUUGUAUAUGCCAUCUCCCCUGACCGGUUUAGAUCCUUUGAAGCUCUCCUGGCUGACCUGACCCGAACUCUGUCCGACAAUGUGAACCUGCCCCAGGGAGUGAGAACAAUCUAUACAAUUGAUGGCUCCAAGAAGAUUUCCUCCUUGGACCAGCUAGUAGAAGGGGAAAGUUAUGUAUGUGGUUCCAUAGAACCCUUCAAGAAACUGGAGUACACAAAGAAUGUAAACCCAAACUGGUCAGUGAAUGUUAAGACAACUUCUACUUCUCGUUCGGUGCCAUCUCUUGCCACUGCUAAAGGAGGUACUCCCGAUACAAAAGAGAAUAAGGAUUUCAUUCGGCCUAAACUGGUCACUAUCAUCAGGAGCGGAGUGAAGCCACGGAAAGCAGUCCGGAUUCUGCUCAACAAGAAGACAGCACAUUCAUUUGAACAGGUUCUUACUGAUAUAACCGAUGCCAUCAAGCUGGAUUCAGGGGUGGUGAAACGCUUGUACACACUAGAUGGAAAGCAGGUGAUGUGCCUUCAGGAUUUUUUUGGCGAUGAUGACAUUUUUAUUGCAUGUGGACCAGAAAAGUUCCGUUACCAGGAUGAUUUCUUGCUGGAUGAAAGCGAAUGUCGGGUGGUGAAAUCUACUUCCUAUACCAAAAUAGCUUCGAGUUCACGUAGGAGCACCACCAAGAGCCCUGGCCCAUCCCGACGCAGCAAGUCUCCUGCUUCUACUAGCUCAGUGAAUGGAACCCCUGGUAGCCAACUUUCCACUCCCCGCUCUGGGAAGUCUCCAAGCCCAUCUCCCACCAGCCCAGGAAGCCUACGGAAACAGAGGAGCUCCCAACACAGUGGCUCCUCUACCUCAUUAGCAUCCACCAAAGUUUGCAGCUCUAUGGAUGAAAAUGAUGGCCCUGCAGAAGAAGUGUUGGAGGAAGGUUUCCAGGUUCCAGCAUCGAUAGCAGAGCGAUAUAAAGUUGGAAGGACUAUAGGAGACGGAAAUUUUGCUAUUGUGAAGGAGUGUAUAGAAAGAUCAACUGGUAGAGAAUAUGCUCUGAAAAUAAUCAAGAAAAGUAAAUGUAGAGGAAAAGAACACAUGAUCCAGAAUGAGGUAUCUAUUUUAAGACGAGUCAAGCAUCCCAAUAUUGUACUUCUGAUCGAGGAGAUGGACAUGCCAACUGAGUUGUACCUUGUCAUGGAACUUGUAAAGGGAGGAGAUCUUUUUGAUGCUAUUACUUCCACCAACAAAUACACAGAGCGGGAUGCCAGUGGGAUGCUUUACAAUCUGGCCAGUGCCAUCAAAUAUCUUCACAGCCUGAACAUUGUCCACAGGGAUAUCAAGCCGGAGAAUCUACUGGUUUAUGAGCACCAAGAUGGAAGCAAGUCCCUGAAGCUGGGAGACUUUGGCCUAGCAACAAUUGUAGAUGGACCUCUAUAUACUGUUUGUGGGACCCCAACAUAUGUAGCUCCAGAAAUCAUCGCUGAAACUGGAUAUGGCUUGAAGGUGGACAUCUGGGCAGCGGGUGUGAUUACUUACAUCCUGCUCUGUGGUUUUCCUCCAUUCCGUGGAAGUGGAGAUGACCAAGAAGUGCUUUUUGAUCAGAUUUUGAUGGGACAGAUGGAUUUUCCAUCUCCAUAUUGGGACAACGUUUCUGACUCUGCAAAGGAACUUAUCACAAUGAUGCUUCAAGUAGAUGUAGAUCUGCGAUUCUCAGCCUUGCAAGUUCUUGAGCAUCCAUGGGUUAAUGAUGAUGGCCUUCCAGAGAAUGAGCAUCAGCUCUCAGUAGCCGGGAAGAUAAAGAAGCAUUUCAACACAGGCCCUAAGCCGAACAGCACAGCAGCUGGAGUUUCUGUCAUAGCACUGGACCACGGGUUUACCAUCAAGAGAUCAGGGUCUUUGGACUACUACCAACAACCAGGAAUGUAUUGGAUAAGACCACCGCUCUUGAUAAGGAGAGGCAGGUUUUCCGACGAAGACGCAACCAGGAUGUGAGGGGACGUUAUAAGGCUCAGCAAGCUCCACCCGAACUCAACUCCGAAUCGGAAGACUAUUCACCAAGUUCAUCCGAGACUGUUCGCUCACCUAACUCACCCUUUUAAUAAAACACUUUUUCUCAAAAGUCUUGGCUUUAACCCUUUGAGACCCUGAAACUACUUCAGGCCUGUGUGGAGUGAAUACAGCUGAUCUAUCCAGCAGUAAACGCUGGGAUCGUGGAACACAAAAGGGUGCUCACAGAAUCUUUGUAAGAAUAAUUUCCUAAUUGAUUGAAAUACUUGUUCUCUGUUUAGAUUGUGACUUGCUGCUAAUAAGAUCCUCAAAGGGUUAAGGCUAUUUUGCUUUUUUAUUUAAAGAUAGAAGCAGUGAAUGUUUUCAUCAGUGGAGCUAGGAACUGCAGUAUGUAAUUUUAGCACAUGUUAACCCUCUGAGUAAAUGAUCACCUUAAAUCUUGACAACCCAUAUUAGGGUCUUAUUCUGGCUUUUUUGCUUUUAUACGCACAUAUCUUUUAUAGUAUCCUGAAGUUCCUUGCCUAUUUCUGGCCAAAAAUAUAUCAAAUGUACUACUGCUUAGGAAUUAUAGGCUUAAAACUGAAAAUAAAAUUAAACAAAUAGUAUCUUCUGCAGCAGCUCUUUCCAAACCUGCAUCGUACUUCCACACAGGGUGACUGGUAUUGGAGGAUAUGAUGCAGGGUUAAAUGGGAAAUUCAUUUAGGGCAUUCUCAUGGUUUACAGAAGAUAACAUGAUGAUGGCUACAAAAGAUUGCUUCCAUAUAGUUUGCUGCUAAUGAUAAUGUCGUGUUUUGGGAAAUUGCUUGAGGACACGUUCUGUCAUGUAAUAGUAUGUAAUGAUCUAGUUGAGAAAUUCCUGGUUCCUUUGCAUCACAUUCAGGAAUGUACAGGCAUCCUCUUGGCAUGACCUGGUUAUUCCAGCAGAGCCAUUUAAAAAGAUUAACACUAAUGAGCAUUACCCUUUAAAUAGCUACAGUACUUCUAAAUUGGGGAAAAUACAAGUCAUUUAAUAUAUAUGUAAAGCCUAAAUUGAAUUAGCAAAAGUUUUGUCUUUAGAAUGGAGAAACUAAAAAUGAUUCACCAGUUUUAUUUGUAAUAUUUAAUAAAAUGGGCAUUUACACAGAGUAUAUAUAUAUUACUGGUUUGUUAAAACCUCAAGACAACAUUAUAGCUUUUUAUUUGACCAUUAUCAUAAAGUUGGCUUCCACAGAAAUAAUAUAGUCUGUAGACUUUUGCUUCAGAUGUGAUA